GGGUUGACAAGAUCAGCCUCACGAGGAAAAUAGUUGAACACAAACAUGAUAUCAACAGAGGUCCGGUAACCAUGGCGACGGAGGACGCUGGCCGGGCCAGGAGACGCCUAUGGCCGGAGUGUUGACUCAGGCUUCCCGCCGUACCUGUGAUCCUCUCAAUUACCCUCCAACCUAAGCUUUACCGCAAGUGAUGCCGCCCCUGAGGUCUGUGACCGCGUUGAAGGCGGCGUGUGCGGACGUGCUGGCCGCCACCCUGGCGGCGGCCUUCGUCAGCGUGGCGGGAGGCGGCCUCUGUGGUGCCACCAGGCGCCUGGUCGGCCGUCCCAAGAAGUCAGGGACAGCAAGAAAACCUGUGACACGAGUAGCUGACGGCAUCCUGGCAAGCAACCCGACCACUCAGAUCAUCAAGAUCCAACAGUACUUGGGCCAGGGAGUGCCCAAGGACCGCCGGGAGGAGGUUCUGCAGAAGGUGCUGCUGCAGGUGGCACAGAUGUUGACCAAACUGGGCACGAAGAAGAAGUCCAAGGAUUUGGGUUUUGGCCUGACUGUUCAGAGACUGGAGCAGGCGCUGGGUUACGCCUUGGUCACCCUCCUCGACCCAGUAGUAACCAAGCUGGAUUUGACACCUUUAAUUCACCACACCAUGAAAUGGGUUUCCACAUGCAAGCUUAAUAAUCGUGAUCCAAAGGAAACAAAUGCGAUUGAUACAGUGAAAGUUGAAAACAUUCUUAUCAAAAUCUUCGGCGAAAAUGCCCAAAAACUCGGUAGUUUGACGUCAAUUCACUGGCCGCAUUUGGUAUCAGGUGAAGUGAUAAGGAUAAUUGGACGUCACUGCAGGAACCUUCGCCGCCUGAAACUUGCAUGUAAAUGCGACGUCACCGCUGCUAUGAACACCGUGAAGGAAGACCCGGCUGUCGCCCGACAGGAGAGGGAGCUGAUGAACUCUCUAGGGGCCCUGUAUGAUCGAGCACCCGGAGACUUCUCAGGUACGCGGCCCGGGGGCUGUCCCCACCUUCAGACACUAGUGCUUCCCAGACUGGACGACGAGGAUGGCAGUCUGGCUAAACAUGUGGCCAGCGCGCUCUGCUCCUUGAGAGAACUGGAAGUCAUUUCUGGUGCCCCGAUGUUGGUGAGUCUCGCUCUCUUGAAGAAUGAGCGACAGCCUCCUCGGAAGUUGAUCUUAAAACAUCUGAGCGACAUUGAUACUUAUAACAGGAGACCUAUGCCAGAUUUGUCAUAUUUAACAAAUCUUUUACCGCAGCUCAAUAGUAUCGAACUCAUAGUCUCUCAAGGAAUAACAAGGGCAGUAACCGAGAGUUUCCUCAAUGUCAAAUCGCUAAAAAUUGCACAGCCAGACUUCCACCUCAAUGUUCGUAACUUUAAGUGCCUGGAAACGCUGGAUAUCAAUCUGGAAUUCCAAGUUGCCUGGCCUUUACUGUUUUCUAUAAGUCGUGGUCGAGUGCAGGUUAAAGACCUUACUCUCCGCCACCCAACCUUCCAAGUUGUACAAGAGUACGAUAACUGCUCUCUGAGGAUCCCGACCCUUCGCUCUUUUACCCUUGUACGUUCCAGUUUCAUCGAGUACAACGCGUUUAAAAAUCUUGUCAUUGGCGCCCCUAAUCUUGUCAGUCUUUCCAUCACUCUCUCAGACGACAGGAAUUACAUAGUAGACGAAUUUCGCGACGACCUGAUUGCCUGCGUGGCUCCUCUCUUGCCAAAUCUUGAAAGCUUUACGGCCGAAUGUCAAUACAAACAUAAUCUAUAUAACCAACUGAAUUGCAUUCUGACCAUCGAGUCUGCCAACGUCCUGUGUGCCAACUGCCCACGCCUUAAACUCCUCGGACACCUGGACGUUUGGGACCUCGAUGAUAAAGAUGUAAAUGACCUUAUAGAGCGUGUAAAAGCCAACAACUGGGACCUGGAGGUGGUGUAGACUCACAGCUUCCGCGUGUUUGUAAACAUGAUGCUUUGAAUACACAUGUUAAUCACAAUAAUGUGAUAUAUCUAUGAGAAAUCUUUGGAGCAGGAUGAAGGAUCGAACUUUGUGUCCUGGGUAACCCCAGAAGCACGCCUUAACCCAUGGACAUUGGAAGGUUAUUUUACCUGAGAUCUACUGGAUUUGGGAGGAUCCAGGCGACAGGGUUAAAUAACGUGGUUAAAUAACCUUUGCACAUCAUAGUCCACGGGUUAAGGCACGGGUCUGGGGCUACCCAGGAUGAGGAUUUGAUACUCGUCCUACUCAAAGAUUUUAUCAGUGUCUAAAAAUUAUUGAGAUGAUAAAAUAUUGUUAUAACAUACAAUUUGAGCCUAAAGACAGGUAUAUUAUACUGACAGGUGAUAUUAUAUGUUUCCCAUAAGUAACGCCUAUACCCUAAUAUAAUAGGCUAAGCCUAUUUUAAGUAGUAAUAAUACGUAGUAAUGCAACUGUCAUUAAUUAUCUAAGAUUACUGAAACUGCUUGCUAUAUUGAUUUCUAGAUCAUAAAUUCUCUUAUUUCAAGAUAAGAUAUACUGUAUUGUGUCAGUGUAUAUGAACAAGUAUUUUUA